AUGGACUUCAACUCGACAAGCAUCCCGCCAGAAGUUCUCGCUGUGCUGCCCCCCGAGUUGCAAGCUCAGGUGCCACUGUACGACCAAACGGCACAACCCAAGAUUCGUGCAACUCUGGCAGUCUGUACAAUCAUUGCCUAUGUGGCACUGGGGCUGCGGCUCUACGCCAGACGCAUCACGAAGCAGGCCUUUGGAUUAGAUGACCUUUUCGCAGGCUUGGCAGUGAUCUUCACCACUAUUGGCGUCGGCUUGGUGGCCCAUGUCACAGAUCUGGGCAUGGGCCGGCAUACAAUCGUCGCAGUCGUCGAGCACAUAGAAAACUUUGAUGCCUUGAACAAGAUGAUAAUCGCCUCGAGCGCCAUGUAUGCCCCGGUCAUCUUCUGCAUCAAGGCCUCCGCCAUCUUCCUGUACCGCCGCAUCUUCCCAAGCAGACGCCUCCACCUUGUGUGCAGCAUCAUCCUGGCCUUCACCGCCCUCUACGCCCUCACUGCCGUUUUUGUGCUCACGAUCCCCUGCCUGCCGCCGGUCCAGCCGACGGUCGAGGCGCCUGUGGCCCAGCUCAAGUGCUCAGACCGUUAUCUCAUCAGCAUCUUGCUGUUCUUUCUCAUCACAAAUGUUGUUUUGGACGCCAUCAUCCUAUGUCUCCCGCUGCCGCUCAUCUGGCGCCUGCAGACGAACCUGCGGAGGAAGUUGCAGCUUACUCUCGUCUUCUGUCUCGGUUCAUUCAUCUUUGUCAUCUCCAUCCUUCGCGUCGUUGCCGUGAACAAGCUGAACCCCAUUGACGACACUUGGGACUCGACGGACGUGAUGCUUUGGUCAAUUGCCGAGUCGGCUGUUGCCAUCUACCGGAAAGACGGAAGCUCCCGCAUAAAGUCGACUCCGAAGAUCAGCAACCCAAAUCAAAACAAAACUAGCGAUGGCAGCGGACCUAUUUCUCUCCUGACGUUUGGGCGGAGUGGGAUGAAAGGCCCGAGUGGCCGCAAGCCACGGGGGCUGGACAAUACCACCACGGCGGCGGCCACUGUUGUGAACACCAACUUUGAUGGCAGUGUGACGAGAUUGGUUUCUGAAGACCGGGGUAGUCACAGCACAGAACAUGUGAAGCCCUAG